AGUGGAGCAAUGUCGAUGUAAGGAGUCUCGUGAUUAUAAGUGAUAGAAACGUCUGUAAAAUCAAUACAACCUUCGUGGCCGAGUGGUCACAGAUGCGAGUAGUGGGGUCGGGAUUCGUUAUGAUACAGACUCUGACCUCCACUGCAUCACUGCUAGUUAGAGUAACAAUAAAUGCAGUGCCUGUUUUAAAAGUGAACGUGAGGUUUCAAGCUGCUGGCUCGUGUCUCAUAGCCUAUCGCAGAACAUUCACCGAAUAUACGGGAUCUGAUUCUGAGACUGAGAACAGUUGUGAUUCAGACAACGGUACCCCUAUUGUCACAGCCAUGCCUCCAAAAGGGAAACCGAUCGCGCCAAGCUGGCAGAUAGAAGAAGUGAUUGCCGAUACAGUAGACACAUCACAAGAUGUUGCUCGCAAUUUGAUGCAGAUGCUGGAAGAGGGCGCCACCAUCCCCUUCAUUGCGAGAUAUCGUAAAGAGAGAACAGGGGGUAUGGAGGCCGAGAAACUACGAGAAGUCAGCAGUCUUCUUGAUGAUCUCAAGAAUGUUAUGUCCAAGAUGUCGUCUGUCUACAACACCAUUGAGUCUGCAGGAAAGAUGAACCGAACACUGGCCGCUGCAUUGAAACGAUCCACCUCUCUCACUGAAGUAGAACACCUGUACGCCCCCUACAAACCAGGACACAAGGGGAGUCUCGCUGAGAGAGCUCGUAAACUUGGCCUGGAGGAACCAGCGUUACAGAUUCUAGAUGGAAAGCAUGUUCAGCUGGAGACACUCGUCAGGCAAGGUGAAAAAGGUUUGGCUAAACCUCACGACAUAGAGACUGGCAUCCAACAUAUUGUGGCUGAUAUUAUCUCAAAGGACAAAGAAGCCAUGGAUGAAGUCAAAAGAUUGUGCGAGACCUCCAAUGUCAAGAUGGAGUCCAGCAGAAGUAAGACAAGCUCCAAGAAGGAUGAUAAGGACAAUAAAGCUGGAGCCUCAGAUGACAGCCACAAGUUCGAACAGUACUUCGACUUUUCCUGCCCUGUGAAAUAUAUCAAGAGUCACCAAGUGCUUGCAUUAAAUCGUGGAGAGGACAAGAAGAUUCUCACUGUUCGAGUGACUAUCCCCGAUUAUGUGAAGAAUCGUCUUAUAGGCAGCUAUACCCACAAGUUUGUGAAGCACUGGUCACCUGAAAGUGUGAAGAAGCUGAUGUCUGCUAGCAUCACAGAUGCGGUCAACCGACUCAUCCUGCCACAGACGUGCAGACAUAUCAGGUCUGAGUUGACAAAGGCAGCAGAGAAAGACUCCAUCCUUGUGUUUGCCUCCAACCUGAAACGACUGCUUCUAACGCCACCAGUCAGGGGAAAGACUGUGUUUGGGAUUGACCCAGGGUUCAAGAAUGGCUGCAAGACAGCAGUUGUCUCCCCUACAGGUGGAAUACAGACUACUCAGGUGUUCUACUUCCUGGACUACAAGUCCAACAAGGCUGCUGAGAAACAGAAGCUGGUCAAUAUUGUUAAAACAUACAGGUGUGAGAUGAUAGCCAUUGGGAAUGGUGUGGCGUGUCGACAGACGGAGGAGUAUGUUUCUGGCCUCAUCCAGGGGAAGGCGUUCGGGGAGAUGCAGGUCAUGUACUGCAUUGUAGACGAGUGUGGAGCGUCCAUCUACAGCGUGUCAGAUGAGGCCCAGCGAGAGUUACCUGACCUUGACCCAACACUCAGAGGAGCAGUUUCCAUAGCAAGACGACUGCAGGAUCCCAUGGCAGAGUUUGUCAAAAUUGAACCCAAACAUAUUGGUGUGGGGAUGUAUCAGCAUGACAUCGCAGAGAGCAAGUUGAAGACAGCUUUAGAUUCGGUGGUGGAGGAGUGUGUCAGCUUCGUUGGUGUGGAUAUCAACACCGGCAGCGAGUGUCUACUAAGGAGGAUUGCAGGGCUGAAUGCUACCAAGGCAAAGAAGAUCCUUGAGUGGCGAGAGAAGAAUGGAGCAUUUGUUAGUCGAGAGCAGCUGCUGGGUCUCAAGGGCUUGGGUCAGAAGGGGUACGAGCAGUGUGCUGGCUUCAUCCGAGUGCUGCAUGACUUUAAUCGGCUGGGAGAGGGGCCAGAUGAGGAUGCUGAAGCUGAGGCAGCAGGCCCAUCAGGCAAAGGGAGGAAGAGGAAAGCUGGCUCAUCAAAAGGGUCCGCCAAAAAGAAGAAAUCAGAAACUGAUUGUACGCCAAAUCCGCUAGAUAUGACCUCCAUACAUCCAGAGUCUUAUCAUAUAGCAUCAAGACUCAUGACAGACACUGGAGUUGAUCAAAAGAAUGUAGGGCAGGAAGACUUUUGUGAGAAAAUUAGACGAUUCAGCAAGCACAAAGGUGAGUCAGCAUAUAUAUAUAUAAAUAUUUCCAUG